GGAGGGUAGAGUGACUCUGGAGCGUUAAUUUACAUCACAAUGGCAGUUGUUCUGUUUGAGAGAAAAACAAACUCAGUAAGUCCUUCACACAAAGGUAACGUUGACAACAUGGCACGUACGGUGGAAAUAUUAAGGACACUGGCGGGAGGGUGCAGCGCCAUCCCACAUGGACAAGCCCAUGCUGCGGAGCGGCGCGGGAAAGCUCGCGUGUGCCGCCUCUGUGGAUGCGCGCGGCAUCCAACCCAUCCGACUCUGCCACGUCACUCGUGACCUCGCUUCCAGGGGGCAGAGACGCCGGGUCCAGCCAAGCCGCUCGGAAGGAACUGACGAUCGCGUCAGGCUCCAAACGUGGUGGGUUGAUUGAAGAACUGAGCUCUGAUAUUAGAUCUGACAUGUCUUCAUCAGAUAAACCCAAAGAACGCAGUAGACAACGUGUUCAAAAUCCACUUGAAGGUUUGCACAUGCAAAAUGAAGUGCAUAGCUACGAAACUAAUUUGGAAAUAGAUGAAAGGGGCCUUUUGAAAGAUUACGACAAUGGAUUAUCUAGCUCUGAUGGUCUUAAAAAAGAUCUCAAUAGCAUUUUACUGCUCUUAUUCCUCUAUAUCUUGCAGGGAAUUCCACUUGGUGUGGCUGGGAGCAUCCCACUAAUACUGCAGAGCAAAAAUGUUAGUUAUUCAGACCAAGCUAUUUACAGCUUUGUAUUUUGGCCAUUCAGUCUGAAACUGCUAUGGGCACCUUUAGUGGAUGCUAUGUAUCUUCCAAACUUUGGGCGAAGAAAGUCUUGGCUGGUGCCAACUCAAUAUUUUCUGGGGUUUUUUAUGCUUUUUCUGUCCUUUAAAGUGGAUGAGUUACUGAAAAGUGAUGAGCAUAUUAGCCCCAAUGUUGUUAAGCUUACAGCUGCUUUUUUCAUGUUUGGAUUCCUGGCUGCUACACAAGACAUAGCAGUGGAUGGCUGGGCAUUAACUAUGUUGUCAAAAGAAAAUGUAGGACUUGCUUCUACUUGCAACUCUGUUGGACAGACAGCAGGGUACUUUCUGGGUAAUGUACUCUUUUUGGCACUGGAAUCAGCAGAAUUCUGCAACAAAUAUAUACGCAUGGAAUCUCAACCAACUGGAAUUCUUUCUCUCGCAGAUUUUCUGUUUUUCUGGGGGAUAGUUUUCCUGGUGUCAACAACGUUGGUUAUGGUUCUUAAAAAGGAAAACAGUGGACAAACGGCAAUGCAUCAGGUUGCUCAGCAAGGAAUCAAGGAAACAUACAAGUCUCUCAUUUGUAUAAUAAGGAUGCCCGCUAUCUUAAAGUUCUGCAUCCUUAUGCUAACAUCAAAAAUUGGUUUCUCAGCUGCUGAUGAAGUGACUGGACUGAAGUUGAUUGAGAUGGGUGUGCCUAAAGAGCAGUUGGCUAUUCUCGCAGUACCCAUGGUUCCUCUGCAGAUAAUGCUACCUCUUGUAAUAAGUAAAUAUACAGCAGGCCAGAAACCACUGGAUGUUUUUUAUUGGGCAGUGCCAUUCAGGUUAGCAAUGGGUAUAGUAUUUGCUCUGUUAGUAUUUUGGACUCCUUUGGUAAAAGUGGAUACAGAGUUCCCUGUGUAUUAUUAUGGAAUCCUGCUGUUAAGUUAUGCCUUGCAUCAGGUAGCUGUCUAUAGCAUGUAUGUUGCUAUUAUGGCUUUUAAUGCUAAGAUUAGUGAUCCUUCAAUUGGAGGAACAUACAUGACUUUAUUGAAUACCAUCUGUAAUCUUGCUGGAAACUGGCCAGCUACUGCAGCCCUUUGGUUAGUGGAUCCACUCACUGUCAAGAAAUGUGUAGGUGUGCCCGAACAAAGUUGUAGAUCAGCAGCAGAUUUGGAGCUUUGUGUUAAAUCUGGUGGUUCAUGUGCAACAAUAACUGAUGGCUACUAUGUAGAAUCUGUAUUCUGCAUUUUCUUUGGACUUGCAUGGUGGCUCCGGUAUGGGAAAAAAUUCAGAAAUCUACAAAAUGAGCAUCCAUCCACAUGGCAGUGCAAGAGGAAUAAUUGAGUUCAUAAUGGAAGUUUGUGGAGUUUUAUGAAAAUUGGAUCUCUUGGCCAGUGUUCAAGAGACUGAAAAAAGAAAGUAUUUUAUCAGUUUUAUAACAUUUAAUUUGAGUAUGUCAAAUGAUUGCUGUAUGCUACAAGUAGUGCCGGUUAUGUAUCGCACUAAUUUUAAUUAGGCUUUUUUUGUUGAAGUUUAAAAAUUGCCUACUUGUGCAACAACAUCCAUUACAUAGAUAGCAAUCAAGUUGCAUUAUUUCAGAUGUCAUAUAAGGUACACUUGAACAGUGGCUCUAAAGCAAAUUGCAUGCCUGUUAGAAAAAUUGGCAAGCUUACUGCCUCUCUACUGAAAGUGAAAAUGCUUCACAGAGCAAUUACUUAAGAGCACAAUUGGUCUAGUAAAUCUAGUAAUUGCAACAAUGGCUACAUUUUGAAUUGCAAAUUCAUAUAAAUAUUUUGGGUCUAUUUACAUUAAGGAUGCUAUUGUUUUAGAUGUUUACCUUCCCACAAAAUUGCAGUACUAUAUCAGUGAAACGUUACCACACAAUACGACUUAACCUGAUAGUGGACUUAAGUGUAGAGACUUGCCUGUAAGAAUAAUUCUGAAGUCACCUUGCUUUGGUGUUUCUAUCAUACAUUUCACCUUUAAUUUUGUUUCAUCGCAUGUAGGGGGGUGGGGAUGAAAUGUAAAUUCAGCAAGAUGCUACAGCUAUUUAAACUAAUUUUAUAAAACAUAAUAAAUUGGGAUAAACUUGGAUGACAUCAGAGUAGCAUAGAAAAGGAAAAGAAAAUUUGAUAGACACCCAGCAGGUCAUAGAGCAUUUGUAAAAAGUGAAACAUCCUUUUCUGACAUAUCAAAGAAGCAAAAUAACAGCAUUGUAUAUUGUACAUUAAAUGGAUUUCAUUCAAAUUACUACUUCUGUCUAUAGUCCUUCUGGUUACUUUAAUUUCCAUAAAGCUAUCUUCUAUAUAUAUAUAUAUAUAUUUCUCAAAUGAAGACAGGAUUGCACCAGUGAAAUGCCUUUAUUCCUUUAGCUAAAUCAACUGUGAUAUCAUGUAGUGGUAAUCAUUCAAUCCAAAGAUCAUUAUUCAAUAGUCUGUCCAGGAUUUGAACAAUAUAAUUUAGACUAAUAUUUGCCUGCAACAGUGGGGACAUCAUCUUUGGAUAAGAUGUUAACUAAGACACCGUCCUCUUUUUAGAUAAUUAUGAAAACUAGGUGGUUGUGAUUAUUUGAAGUAGAGUUUGAAAUUAUGAUGUUCAAGCCAAUCCUUCUCUCUACAUUAAGAGCUCCAUGAUAAGAUGAAGUAUUCAUUUAAAUGCAUUGGCUGUUUAUGAAAUACUCCCAUUUUCAAAAUAGCUUCCGUAUUAAGUAAUAUAAUUGAAAAAUAAUUAUUAAAUAUGAACUGCUUUGUGGCAUUCUGAUAUAAUGAAACAUUAUUCACUUCCAACUUAUUUUUGAAAACUGUAUGCGAGCAUAACAGUAGAAAUAUUUGGCCUUUAGAGAAACUCAGUGACAGAAACUUGUAUUUAAGACCUUUUGAAUGAUGCUGAUUUCCACAUUAUGACUUGCAUUUUAUUCCAGCUAUUGUAACAUCUGGUUCAUCAUUUCAAAAUUUUGUCAUUUAAACUCUUCAGACCUUUCCUAUAGUCUGAAAUAUUUAUUGAUCUGAGGAGAAUGUGUUAAAUAACAUGGAUUUGAAAUUAAUAUGUACAUGGUACAUGGUACCAUUAAUAUGUACAUGGUACAUGGUACCAAGUGGUAUAUUUCUUUCUCAGUCAUUCAAAAUUCUUUAUGGAAGGAGAAAACCUCUCCUUUUGUUACCUACCAAUCUCCAUUUUGUUGGUGAAAUUUCAAUCAAUCGAAAUAGAUCUAAUAUUUCUGUAGGACUGAAUUUCUCACUAAGUGGGAUUGACUUGGGUUUCAGUCUCUUCCAAAUCCUUCAUUUGGACAAUCUGUUUACUCAAAACUGUAAGUUAACUACAAACUGAGAACUUUGAAUUAUUCAGCAUUUACUAAAUUAUCUGUGAUGUAUCGACAUACUGUAUUUAGUCAUCUCAAUAGUAUAAUAUUUUUCUUCUGGAGUCUAAUAAUUUAUAAUUGAUUUUGAUUGUAAACAAAGUACUAACUUUCACAACCAUUUGUAGGUAAGCUGCUAGAAACUUGUGAAGUUUUUUCCCCCAGGUUAAACUCAUUUGAUGUUCUUUAAAUAUAAAGACUAUUGUGCGUGAAAGCAGUGACCAACGACAAUGUGCUUUCCACAUCCUGAUUUCAAACGUAAGUUGUGUUUUAAAAAUAAAUUAAUUCAUUAUCACUGGUCAUUGAGCUGUAGAAUUAUAUAACCAUGAAACCAAGCCCAAAACCCAUCCACACUAAUUACAUUUUCACUCACCUCAACUUCAACUCCCUCUCCCACCCAAUUCUCUUACCACUUAAACUGCACUUAAGGCAAUUUAUGGUUGCCAAUUAAUUUACUAGCUAUUGCUACUUACGUUUGUGAUAGAAAACCAGCACACCUGGAGGAAGACCACGAUAUUAAAGGAAAAUAAAGCAGGCAAUGUCUGAAGCUAGGAUCAAUGCUGAUUUCUGGAGCCAAUUUAACAUCUGCCAGAGAAUGGAUAUCAGUUUUUUUAGUUUGCUCACUGAUGUCAGAUCUUCCUUCCAUCAAAUUAAAUAGAUGGCAGAGUGAGGGAUGUUUAACACAAGUCAAAUUGGUUCUGAAGGGAAACUAGUCUGAAAUUUUCAUCAAGAAACUUAUAAUUUCAAAUAUUCUCCAGUCUCAAAUCACUAACUAUUCUUCUCUUGUAACUUUGUCUUUGGCUCUUUAAGAGGUAUCAACCAAGGUUUCUUUUUGUGAUCAAAAACGAAUGUUUUUUUUGCACCAUGAAUGAAACAUAUUUGUUUCUGCUUCAUUUUACCACAUUAAAAGAAAAGAAUUAUGUUCCAAAUAGUGAAUUCAACCAUUAGCAGAAAAAUAUUUGAAAAUUUGUUUUUUUUUAAAUUGAUCUUGCUGGUGAAGAAAUCUUUAUUUAAUUAUGAAAUGUUUAUUUUUUCGAUAUUUCUGAUGAUCUGUGCAGUUAUUGGCAUCAAAAUUUGUGUUUUCAAAUUUCAGGUACACUAAUUAAUGAACAGAAGGCAAGGCAUGACAUUUUUAAAUGACUAUCCUGAUUUUACCAUUGGCACAGCUGGGCUUGUGCAGGCUUCAUUCUUGCAGAUGUUCCAAGGAAUCCUUGAAAAUGCAGCAGCCAGAUUAGAUUUAGUGUAUUUAGUAAAUGAAUAGUUUGUGCUGUAUUAAGUUGUACCUUCACUGGCAUCUUCUCCGGUGUCAUGUUGAAUUGAGUAUGACUUUGCUUCCUGUCAAGUUUUGAGGUGAAUAAUGAGUCAACUUUGGAUCCUGACUCUUCCACCGAUGGGACUGGAAGUGCCUGACAGGUGGGUAGUUUGUGAGGUGCUGAGCUCCUCCAACACUUACGCAGGACUUCUGUGUGCUUUCAAUGCAUGAACUUGAGGCUCUAAUACCUCCUCAAUUGUUCCAUUACCAUUUCAAGCAAUCAUGGGCCAAGAAUUCCGAAGAGUCAGUUGGGAUUUGCAUUUUGUCAAGAGGUUUGGAGGAAAAUCUUGAACAAUGUCUGUAUUAUUGUAUAUGCAAAUGACCUGGGCUGUCAAGAGGGGCAAACUGAGUGUAUUAAGGCUUUGAUCCUGAGACUACUGACCAGGGAGAAGAUGUCAUUGAUAUAGACAGACAGACAGACAUACUUUAUUGAACCAGAGGGGAAAUUGGGUUUCGUUACAGCCGCACCAACUAAGAAUAGUGAAGAAAUAUAGCAAUAUAAAACUAUAAAUAAUUAAAUAAUAAUAAGUUAAUCACGCCAAGUGGAAAUAAGUUCAGGACCAGCCUAUUGGCUCAGGGUGUCUGACCCUCCGAAGGAGGAGUUGUAAAGUUUGAUGCCCACAGGUAGGAAUGACUUCCUAUGACGCUCAGUGUUGCAUCUCAGUGGAAUGAGACUCUGGCUGAAUGUACUCCUGUGCCUAACCAGUACAUUAUGGAGUGGAUGGGAGACAUUGUCCAAGAUGGCAUGCAACUUGGACAGCAUCCUCUUUUCAGACACCACCAUCAGAGAGUCCAGUUCUACCCCAACAACAUCACUGGCCUUACGAAUGAGCUUGUUGAUUCUGUUGGUGUCUGCUACCCUCAGCCUGCUGCCCCAGCACACAACAGCUUAUAGUAUAUAUAGUAAACCUUCCAGGAUUUUGUAGAAGCAGUAGUGGUGGUAUCUUUUAAAUACUUUGAGGGAUCUGUUAUAGGUAGUUCAGAUGUCAAAGGAGAGGAAGGACGGCAGGACUCGUGGCUGUCUCAGCAGAUCAUUAGUUUUGUGCAUAUUUAAGGUUGUUUAUAUCUUCAACACCGUUUAAUCAUGGACAAAAGGCUAUGUUAGCUUAUUGAGGACAUUCAUAAAUAUGAUCAAUGUCUGUCUUCAUCAAAUGAUAACUCCCAAGAGUUUGAGUAGUUGACAUUUAUCUGUUUGCUGAAGGACAGUAUUGUGCAGAGGGUGCAGAUUGGUAGAGGACCUUUAUCAUUUGGGUGUUGAGUGCUGGGGUCAUACCAAUUUCCACUAAAAUCUUGUCUUUUCCAUUUAAUGCCUGACAGCAUCAAUUUAAUACUAUGGAGUUGUACACUACCAUAUUUAUUUAUUUGAACUUGUCUGGUGAUGUGCCUGCUAUUUUAAUAUAUGAACUUGCCAAGAAUAUCCUGGUUUUUUUUUAAAUUUGCUAGCUGAUUCUUAAUCAUGCUUCAAUAUUUACUGGUGGUUGUUUCUGUACUAACUUUUUUUGAACCAGCGAUGAGCAGUAUUUGAUCAAUUAGUGAAUAACUGAUUAUACUGUAGUGAUCAUUACUAAUAUUCUAUUUUUGAAUGAUGACUGCAUAUAUUUGUUGUGCUGAUUGUGAACUACCAAAAAAAACCCAAUAGUAUAUUAUAACUUAUCCAGUUAA